AAUCAAGUGUACCUCGGGCUUGACAAGCAGCGCAGGGAAGCACAGCUGCAGGACAGAACGGGGCCAGGGCGACUGGGCUGCUUCUGAGUAUGGUUGUGGGUUCCAGCUGAGUUGCUCUAAAGAUCGAGCAUUUUGCCAUCUAUUUCCUAUGAUGGCCAGAGUUUCCUGUGCUAAAAGAGAGUGUCAAAGAAGACCUCAAAAUCUGGAAAAAAAUGACCUUUCAAGGAAUAUGAAGUCUAUGUCCUGAUAUGUGUUUUUGUCUCACUAAGCUCUGGUGACUGUGACACAUGGCCUUUGGCCUGCAGAUAAUCCAUUGAUUAUCAGGUUUCUCAUCAUGCAUCAACUGUUCAGACUGGUCUUGGGACAAAAAGAUCUUUCACGAGCUGGGGACCUCUUCUCCUUAGAUGACUCUGAGAUUGAAGACAGCCUGACAGAAGCUUUGGAGCAAAUUAAAAUAAUUAGCUCAUCUUCAGAUUACCAAACCAAUAACAAUGACCAGGCAGUGGUUGAAAUCUGUAUCACUCGAAUCACAACAGCCAUCAGAGAGACAGAGUCGAUUGAAAAGCAUGCAAAGGCCCUUGUGGGGCUCUGGGACUCCUGCUUGGAACACCACCUGAGACCCUCUGGGAAAGAUGAAGACACUCCCCAUGCCAAAAUCGCAUCUGAUAUCAUGAGUUGCAUUUUACAGAAUUACAACCGGCCCCCUGUGAUGGCAUUAGCCAUCCCCGUUGCAGUGAAAUUCCUCCACAGAGGCAACAAGGAAUUGUGUAGGAAUAUGUCCAACUACCUGUCCCUGGCUGCAAUUACCAAAGCGGACCUCCUGGUCGAUCACACAGAAGUUAUAGUAAAGAGCAUACUCCAAGGUAAUGCCACAUUGUUGAGAGUGUUGCCUGCUGUGUAUGAUAAGCAACCUCAGCCAAUUAACAAACACCUGACAGAACUCCUAGCCUUGAUGUAUCAGCUGGAACAACCAGAACAGUACCAUCUUCUACGGCUUUUGCAUGUAGCUGCAAAGAGGAAGCAAUUGGAGGUGGUUCAGAAGUGUAUUCCUUUCUUAAUCGGGCAUUUGAAAAAUUCGAUGCAUAAUGAUGUCAUCCUGAGCAUCCUCAUAGAGAUAGCAGGCUAUGAGCCAGUGGCUUUGAACAGUUUUCUUCCAGUGCUGAAAGAGAUUGGUGAGAGGUUCCCCUACCUCAUUGGACAAAUGGCGAGAAUCUAUGGCACUGUCGGGCGUGUUGAUGAAGAGAGAGCCAGGAGCUGCCUGCCGUUCCUGGUGAGUCAGCUGGCCAACAUGGAACACUCGUUUCACCAUAUUCUCCUGCUAGAGAUUAAAAGCAUCACAGAUACCUUCUCCUCCAUUCUGGGCCCUCAGAGCAGAGAUAUCUUCCGCAUGAGCAACAGCUUCACUGCCAUUGCCAAGCUCCUUACCCGACAACUGGAAACUGCCAUGGCCAGAAGUGACAGGAGAAAAACCAGUAAUGAAAUUGAAUUUCUUGAGAAACUGGAAGAAACCAAGUUCACUGUAGAUGAAAAUGAAGACCAUGAAAAGCUCCAAGUUAAAAUACAGGCUUUUGAGGACAAAAUAACUGUGGAGAACAAUACCCCUGGCUCUAUCAGACGAUAUAGUUUGGACCAAGUUUCAAAGGAAGGAAGAAAAGAUAUUAGAUUUAAUAGGUCAAAGAGUUUGGCUUUGCACACUGUGCUUACAAAUUCCUUGAGUUCAGAGUAUGGGGAUGCUGUAGAGAGUGCAGAUACGCCGGCCAGCAUCUCUCUUUCAGAAAUAGACGCACUUGGCCAAGGACGUGACAGGUCACCCUUUAAGGCAGAUGCCGAUGGAUCACAGCUGGUAAAUUCUUCAGUUUCACACCCAAGUAUUAUGCAUAUAGAAUCUGAGAAUUUGCCAGAAAUGGUUCAAGAAAACCAUCAGGAGGAAACUCCAGAGACAACCACAAGUUCUGUAGAGUACCACGAUAAGCUCUACUUGUACUUAAAGGAAAACCUCAGUAAAGUGAAAGCAUAUGCUUUGGAAAUCGGAAAGAAGAUUCCAGUCCCUGACCAGUGUACCAUUGAAGAUUCUGUUCAAACUUGUGUAGCAAAGCUGUUCUUCAGCUGCUCCCUGAAGGGUCAUUACUGCCUCUACAGUAAAUCCAGUUUUAUCCUCAUCAGCCAAGAACCUCAACCAUGGAUCCAGAUCAUGUUUCUAUUUCAACAGCGCCUGUUUCCUGAGCCCCUGUCCAUACAGAGUCGUUCUGUGCAAUUCCUCAGAGCUCUGUGGGAGAAGACCCAGGCCGAAGGUGCUCACAGCUUUGAAACAGCCAUGAUGGAGUCCACAUUCCCUCAGCAGAAGGAUCUGGACCAGGUACAGCUCCAUCUGGAAGAAGUGAGGUUCUUCGACGUGUUUGGCUUCAGCGAAGCAGCAGGAGCGUGGCAAUGCUUCAUGUGUAACAACCCUGAAAGAGCAACGGUUGUAAAUCAAGAUGGCCAGCCUCUCAUUGAAGGAAAACUUAAAGAGAAGCAAGUCAGAUGGAAGUUCAUCAAAAGAUGGAAAACCCGUUAUUUUACACUGGCUGGAAAUCAACUUCUGUUUCAAAAAGGAAAGUCUAAAGACGAUCCUGAUGACUCCCCAAUAGAACUCAGCAAAGUACAGAGUGUGAAAGUUGUGGCCAAGAAACGCAGGGAUCGCUCUCUCCCUCGAGCUUUCGAAAUCUUCACAGACAAUAAAACCUAUGUUUUCAAGGCCAAGGACGAGAAGAACGCAGAAGAGUGGCUCCAGUGCAUCAAUGUGGCAGUUGCCCAAGCAAAAGAGAGGGAAAGCAGGGAAAUAACCACUUAUCUCUAGGGAUCUGCAAGCCAGCCUCACACCAGUUGUAUAAAGUGGGCAUUGCAGUAUCAUUGCCAAAUGUCAAGAAAAAUAAAUAAAUUCCCCCAAAUUAUGCUGUUUUUGAUUAAAUACCAGUGGAACAGUUUUCCCCAAGAAGCAGGACCUAGAAGUGGAAGGAUCCUGAGUACAUUUCAGAUCCAUGUGGCAUUGGCAUUAAUUCCAGAACAUCUGUGUAUUGAAUACAGGACAAGGAGCUAUGGAUGGUAUGGAGCCGGAAAAGGGAGAGUAGGGAUCUACAAAUUUCUUCAGAUAUGUCGCUGUACAUUGUAAGAAAACAACUCUCAAAGAUACCUUAACUACCUAUCCUGAGGAAAGACUAGUCACUUCUGAUGAAAAACAGACUGUCAAAAUUAUUUAAAGUUUAAAAACCUACAAGGAAAAGUCAAAUUAACAGACACUGAGGAAAACCAUAUAACUUACAGACGUAUAAUGACAUUUAUCCUCUCCUAAUGGACAUGAGGUAAUAUUUGGUAAAAUGGUUCUCAACUUAAGCCAAUUAUAUAAUUAAAUGUCUGUCCUCCAGAACUCCUUAUUUAAUUAUUCCUUUUAGGUUUAUAUAAUAUGAUCUAAAGUUUAGAUAUGUGGAUAUAUCUCCUGCCAAAGGCAGUAAGUGUAAGUUAGGAUAAGCACAGAAAACCAGUUUCUCCAUCUUCAAAAUAUAUGCCAAUUCCAUUAAACUUUGAGAUUUUAUAGUUCUAUACUUUACUUCUUUGAAUUCAACAUUUUAAUACCUCCAAAUUACAGAAAUUUAUUGGUUUUGCCAUUACCCAUAAUUUUAAAAAAUGAAACUGUGGUAGACAGAAUUCUAGAGUGAUUCCCAGUGACACAUACCCUGGUGUAACCUACUCCCCCUGAGUGUGGUGGAACCUAUAACUUGGCCUCUAACAGAGUGUGGUAAAAGUGAUAGGAUAGUCUCACCCAUGAUUAUGUUAUUGUAUAUGGCAAAAGUGAUGAAAAGGUAAAAUUUUGCAGAUAUAAUUAAGAUCCUUAAUCACCUGACUUUGAGUUAGAAGAUUUUAUCCUGGGUGGGCCUGACCUAAUCAGAUGAGCCCUUUGAAAGAGGGUGAACAAGUCAGAUUCUUUUUCCCAGUGGCCUUGAAUAUACUGUUAUGAGUUCUACAGCUUAAAGGAAAUUAAUUUUAUCAUAAGCGGUGAGCUUGGAAGAGGAUCCUGAACCUCAGCUAAGAGCCCAGCCCCAGCCAGCACCUUAAUCACAAUUUUUUGAAACUCUGAGCAGAGAACCUAGCUAAGCAAUGUCUGAUCUCCUGACCAUGGAAACUUUGAGAUAAUAAAUAUGUGCUCUUUUAAGCUA